AUGCCGGGUACUUCUAAUGUGACUAAGGCUCAGCGUGCUAUUACGCGGUCACGUUUCAUGCGUGAUCGUAAUUUUGAAUCAAUUCGUGAAAUGCAUACACUCGCUGUGCAAGUCGAGUUGGGCGAUGGCGAAAUGUGUGAGCUUGACUUACCUGAGGUCACAGGACCCGUGUCUUAUGUGAUAGAAUCAAGGGAAGAGGCCGUUGAGUGGUUCUCACACUUUUCCUCGUUGAAUCGCAUGUUGAGAAUCAUUAUACAAUUACAACGUCUAGUUAAAUUGUGUCGCAAAAUUCCAGUUGAUAAGAAUGUGUUCUCGUAUAAAGACUAUAGUGAUGCUCUAUUGGUGGUCAUAAAAUGUUCUCAAACCCUAUUCUUGAAAUCUCUGCUCCAAGAGCUCUCUUCUGGUGGAGUUGUUUCUUCUCGCCCUUUAGCGCGUUUAUCUCCGUUCCUUGAUAGACAGGGCGUCAUUCGAGUAGGUGGUCGGCUUCGACAUUCAUUAUUGUCAGAUCGACGUAAGCAUUCCGUUCUGUUAUCUAAGUCAUCUCAUCUGUCGUCACUCAUCGCUCGGCAUUGGCAUCAAUUCGCUUGUCAUGCUGGUCCUCGCCUCAUGUCGGCUCUGAUAUGUCGACAAUAUUGUAUUGUUGGUGAUCGGUAUGUCAUUCGUCGUGCGAUUAGUGAAUGCACGGUUUGCGUUAGGUUUUCUGUUCGAAACAUUCAUCCCAUCGUGGCCGAUCUGCCUGGCGUUAGGGUGCAGCAACGUCAUCCCUUUUCUUGCGUUGGGAUUGAUUAUGCUGGUCCUCAGCUCAUAAAGGAAACGAGUCUGAGGAAGUCACGGCAAUAUAAGGUCUAUAUUGCUGUGUUUGUGUGUAUGAGUGUCAAGGCAGUUCACCUUGAACUUGUGACCGAUUUGACAACAGAUGCCUUUCUGGCAGCGUUCGACCGCUUCGUGACUCGACGAGGUAUGACAGCGGCAGUGUAUUCCGACUGCGGCACUAAUUUUGUUGGUGCGUCGGAAAAACUAUUCGAUCUAGUAAAUGAUACGAAAAAUAGCGAACAGCUCAGUUCUGCUGUAGCGUGCUCGUGGCAUUUCAACCCGCCGAGUGCGCCCCAUUUCGGUGGACUUUGGGAAGCCGCUGUUCGCUCCACAAAGCUCUUGUUGGUGCGAGUGGUUGGUAACCAGGUAUUAUCCUAUGAGGAAUUUACAACAGUUCUGUGUAGAAUCGAGUCAGUUCUAAACUCCAGGCCACUCACGCCGUCGUCCAACGAUCCCAAUGAUCUAGAGUGUCUGUUGCCUGGCCAUUUUAUUAUCAGUCGUCCUUUAUGCGCAGUUCCAGAAGUGGAAGUUCCUACCAGUUCGGUAAGUUUGAGAAACCGUUGGAAGCUCCUCCAUCAGGUUUUUCAAGCAUUUUGGCGCCGUUGGUCUAAUGAGUAUUUACAUACUCUACAGACCAAAGGGCGGUGGUUAGUAGGUGAAGAAAAUAUAAAACUUGGCGAGUUGGUAAUAAUUAGGGAGAAUUGUUCCUCGCCGUUAGUUUGGAGACUAGGUCGAGUCCAGGAACUUUUACCCGGUCCAGAUGGGAUCGUGAGAGUUGUUAAACUGCUUACCAAGCAAGGUAUUACUACAAGACCUGUAGUAAAAUUAGUUCCGCUCCCUACUCAGUAA